AUGAAGGGACUAACCGAAAACAACUUAAACAUUGCUGUUAAGAUAAUUGAUACAAGAGUACAGUCAGAAUAUGUGCGAAGAUUUCUGCCAAGAGAAGCGGCAUUAGUAAAGAAUUUAAGGCACGAUUGCGUUCUUCGAGUGUAUCAGGUUGUUGAAAUCAGUCACUAUACAAUAUUUGUUACGGAGUUUUGCGACGGUGGUGAUUUGCUGCAAAAAAUCAAAAAAAUGAAGAGAGUUCCGGAACCGGAAGCCAAACUCCUUUUUCGUCAGCUCAUCGAAGCACUUAUUUACCUGCAAAAAUGUGACAUCGUUCAUCGAGAUUUGAAAUGCGAGAAUGUAUUCCUUGAUCGGUAUGAGAACGUCAAGCUGGGUGACUUUGGAUUUGCUCGCUAUUUGAAGCCACACGAGAAAGCGAACACAUUCUGUGGCAGCAGAGCUUAUGUGGCUCCUGAAAUUCUUAGAGCAAUCGCUUAUACAGGACAGACGAUCGAUAUCUGGAGUGCCGGUGUAGUUUUAUAUGUAAUGGUAACAGGAGUGAUGCCAUACGAUGACCGAAACCCACAGAAAAUGGUUGAAAGACAACUUGGUCAUAAAAUACGAUUCCCAAAGAUAGAACUUAGCAUACAAGUGAAGACGCUGAUCUACGAGAUUCUGCAUCCGUAUCCACCGUCAAGACCUACGUACAAAGCAAUAUGUUCAAGUGAUUGGUUGAAGCAAACGAGCUACACACUUAAAGGGGAUAUGCGAGGAAAAAAGCGAAAAGGUUCAAAAAGCCCUUGUCCAACCAGUUUGUUCACCACAAAGCACUACACGGUCGUCACCCAGUCCUAG